AUGAGUAUAUAUACUGAUAUUCAAAAAGUAACACAAAUACCUGAAACCAAUGAAAGCUCAUAUGUCGAAAAGUUUAUAUGUCGAAAGGAAGCAACAAGAAAUCAACAGUUGAAGAAACCUAAAUCUCCAGAAAAUGUAGAUGUAAACAGUAGUAGUCAAGAGUUUAAUGGUCUACCUCAGGAGUACUAUUUACAUGAACAUGAAAUUGCAUGUUCUGUUAGAGAAGCUAAUGAUGGUAUUAGUUAUUCAAAUGAAAACUUUGAAGUGGUGUGGAAAGCUAGACAAUUGGAAGCUAGAAAUUCUAAAAGUAAAAUCUUAGAAAAAGAAGCAUCCUCUAUUAAAUCCGUUUAUGACAAUAAUAAUUUGGCUAAAGAAAUUGGUAAUGAAAUCUCUGAAUUAAGCAAUGGUACUAAUGAAAGGAAAUGUAUUGAGGAUGAAGAAAGUAUUUUAAAACAGUGUAGGCUUAAUAAAAAUGCAGUAAUUAGAGGGCUCUUGAGAAAUCAUACAAUAUCAUUAAAAGAUUUAUGCAUGCCAAACGAUUAUAUAGAUUUACAACAUAAAAACAGUACCAGUGUACAGCAAAAAAAUUUUAUGAAGUUAGUUCAAUGCCCAGAAGAUCCAGAAGUUUUUGUUCAACCUUUACAAGCACAUGGCACUAUAGAUGAAAAUGAAUAUAAAGAUAUUGACUUUUCUGUACCUCAUGUAGGUAAAAAAAGGAAAGUCACAUCACGACAGUUUUUCAUUAAUAUGGAUGAUUCCGAUUUUGAUUUUGUAAAAACAGAUGCAAAGAUAAAGAAUUAG